CCCAAAUCCUUUGACUUUGGAGCCCCCGUUGGUGACUUUUCCAUGCGGCCUCGCAUUUGAUGAGCGAACGCCCCAGCAACUUGCUGGAGGUGAGAAACACCUUGCAUCAUGUACUGCGUCAAGUGGAUUCGAAUGGGGAUGGCUACAUAGACAAAGACGAGCUCUAUUUCGUGUUGGAUAGAGUGGGCACGUUCAAAAAAGCCAAGUGGUCCAAUUUGCAGGAGACACUGGACAAACUACUGGCAGGUUUGGACACGAAUUCUGAUGGCUUCGUCGACAUACAAGAAUUCAUCGAUUGGGUACUUCUUGACAAGACCGCAUGCACUUCGCAUUGCCUCCAGAUCCAGCAUGUGUUCCUUUCUGCGGAGGACGAAGCGCGCAUGGAACGCAUUGCCCUCUUUGAGCUGGAAGCCAAGGAAAACAAUGACAUCCUCGUGCGAGCUGGAUUGGGUGAAUUGAUGGAUCCCAAUCGACUCCUCUUGUCAGUGGGAUCUUCAUCAACCCAGGCCUAUGAUUCCAAAGGUCUUACGCUGUCAGUCCCAACCGGGACGAAGGUGGCGAAUGAUGGAGCAUUGGAAGAACUGAUUUCUGCAAUCAAAGGAGCAGGCUUUUCAUACAAGCAGAUCAUUCUCAUCAACUCUAUCGGCUACUUACUACAGCCAUCUGAUCCUGUUCUUGUGGAUCUGGACGAGCUGGCAAGACGAGCGCCGCAUAGUGCAGCUCAUCGCUUUAACAGCGCUCUUCGGAAGGCAUUCCCUGAAGCGUCGAUACGCGUGUACAACAGAGCAAAGGACCCUGGUACAAAACGCUACAAGUUUCCCCAGCUCUUCAAUGACUUUAGCUUGUCGUUGACCAAGGGUUGUGGCUUGCCGAUGGUAGUAUUGGACUUUCACCCUGAUGUCAUCGUUGACUGGGGUGGAACAUCCUACAAGGUCUUCCUGAACGGCAAACGCAUCGGAACUGAGGUCAUGGAUGCCAAUGCAUUUCUCUGUGAGGGUGGCAUCUUGCGUAGAGAGCGUAUCCCGCAGGCCAUCAAGGAAAUUGAGUCGUCUGUGAUGGCGCUGCUGGAGAGAGAAGGCCUAGGGACCUUCAUGGACAAGAAGGUUUUGAUCGCUCAAACCGGGAAAGCCCGUGAGUUGGCGUUGAGUACAGAGUGUCAGUGCUAGCUGACCUGUGAUAUAUCUGUGGUGAACGGUACAGACGAACGUACAGGCACUCAGUUGGCUGCUCAAGGAGCAGUUGACUUGGGAUUCAGAUUUCCAAGCUUGUUUUGGAG